AACUUUAUCAUGAUUAUGAGACAACUUAUAAAUAAUCACGUCUGCUUAAGGAACUAUGCAUUUUAACAGCUACUUCACAGUACAUUUUUUUCUUUCAUGAAGUUUGUUGUAAAUAGUGCUCUGCAGUUUAAAAGGAGCAAUGAUGUACGUAAUUCCAAUAGCAGAAGAUAAAAAUGACAUUUAUUACUCCACAUUAAGGUUGCCUUUAGCACGAAACGGAUGCACAAUGCUACAAGCAAAAGUACGAAUGCCAGACAGGCAGUAAAGUUAAGUUUGGAAACAAACUGUAGAGGUUUCUCUUUGGCAGUUCUCACAUUGCAUAUUAGAAUUUCUAUUUUUGUAAAGUAUGAAAGGUGGUGGGUACGAUAUCUCAAAUCUGUAAUUACGAAAUAUAUAAUAGAUAAAAAAUUAAAAAUCUUGUAAAUAAUCAAUAUUUAGCAAUUUCACUGAUGUAUGCGUAAUGUGAAUUUAAAAUGACUGGUUCUGCAUCUUUACAAUUAAUCACACUAAUGGUCCACGGACCGUGAAAAUAACUAAUUAACCCAAAAUAUGAACUCGAAAGGCAACCUCAUCUAUAAGACGGUGUUCUUUAGUAGACUGAUACAGUUUACAAAACAGAGAUAUUGGAUAUAUUUUUGGAAACUAUAGUGGCAAUGAGACCAAAAUCUUUGUUAUAAUACAUACAUUUUUCAUUUCAUUCAUAUUCUUCUGAUGGCCUACAGCAAUAACUCUUGCUUGCUUGAUUAUUUUUGUCCAUUACUACACUUUUUAUUUUUUAAUUCCAGUGUGAGCUUAAGCCUACAUAAAACUAGAGUCGUUACUGAACACUGAUUUGAUUCUCAUAUAAUCCAGUUAAGUGUUAAUAAAUUAGUCUUUCUUAUAUUGAUUCAAAUGUUUAUACAUAACUAUGCAGUACCUUUGUUCACGCAACCAGCUGCCUCAAUGCGAAGCUACGGCAGUGUAUGAAAUGUAAACUGGGGCACUAGAAAUACGCACCGUAGUAGAAAAUCAGUUAACAUAUUUGUCCAGCAAAAAGAGGAGCUAGAACUGAAAUCCGACACUUCGUCUGUCGUGAAAGGAAGACGGCUGCAGUGGCCCAAGCUGACUAACGAAAGUCUUUUUAAAACACUUAGUCCAUAAAACGAACACAAAAUUCCUUCGAAGUAAUUGCUUCACUACACUGACGAAUAUACGUGACUCCGGGAAACAGGAUAAAUACUGGUAGGGAUAACACUGCCGUUUUGUUUGGCGUAGCUUGCUAGUUUCUAUCGAACAUCACAGUGAUACGGGCAGCAGAACCUGUCCUUAGAAGCCGCACGGAAAUCCCGCGAAGCGCACGCACGUACGUCAGCUCCUGGAAAGUUGCUACAGCGACUUGGCAGUGCUGCCAACAGCGGCGACACGGAGGCUCAGCAGGUCAGUUCCUACGCGCCAGAGCCGCACUUCCUGCCGCAUCUAGUGCUGCGAUCGUGCGUCGUUGCUUUCAGUGCGGGCGCCGUGGCCUCCAGCGGAGGAAUUAGUGCGCACCUAUGUGGAGAUCUCUCGCCGAGUGAUGCUGCCAGGAGACACCCGGAAGCUCCCCAGCAGUGCCUACAGAUGCGUGGCAGCGGCAUCGCUGCUGCUGCUGCUGGGGGCCGCGGAGGCGACGCCGCAGGUGGACGGCACUGCCCACGCCGCUCUCAGAGGCGGCGGCAGUAGCUGCCCCUCCGAGUACCUGGAAGACGCCGACCUCCAGUGCCCAGAGAUGACCAGCGAGGGCCAGCUCCGCUGCUACCUCCUCUACCGAGCGCUCGACUACAAGCCCUUCGCAUCCUACGGUUUCGCUGUGCUCGUCAACAUGACUCUCUCCGAAAUUCCAGAUACCAGUUUCGCAGAAAGCAGCAUCGGCGGCGAGCGGGACGUGUGCUGGUCGCUAUCAGCCAUCGAGGUGAGCAAAGUGGAGAACAACUCCGCCGUUGACUGGAGUCGACAGAGACCGCACCUCGACAGCUUCGGUGUCUACCUGCUGUACCCUGUGAAGGAGUUCCGCGCCUCCGCAACCUACCCGCUAACGACGUCAGCCGUGGCGACGACCGUCAAUGCCACAUGCUGGUACCAGCAAAGGAGCACAGGUUGUAUUGAAUCAGCCCAUAUUUCUCAGAAGAUUUUGCUGCCGGAUUACAAAGAAGCACAUAGUGAUGGGCCGUACAGCAAAAAGUAUUGGGAUAAUUUCAGAGAAAUUCAUCUCAAGAAACUGAAAGCAGAAAACAUCACAUUACAUGUAGAGGUUCAGAAGGGCCUCUUUUUGGACACACCACACUAUCUUCAACCACUUAUUACAAAUACAACAUUUAAAAGAUUAGUUUUAAUAAAUACAAACUUAACCAACUUUGCAAUGAGUGAACAGCAGAAGAUGGAAGAAUUAAAAUUAGUGGGCUCAGAACUUAGCACUGAUGAAGCAGAAAAAAUUAUUUUCUCCGCUCAGAACCUGGUAUCACUGAGCCUGGAAAACAAUAGCUUGACAGCUAUACCACAAGGAGUGAAGCGAAUUCAAAAUUUGGUGACCCUUGAUCUGUCACACAAUGCAAUUAAUAUUUCAUAUUACACUACAGUACUUUCCUCAAUGAGAAAUCUUAAAUGGUUAAAUCUAGCUGCUAAUCCCUUAGGAGAUUUGUCUGCUUUCAUAGGGCAUCUUAGCAGUGAGGUACAGCUACACUUUCUUAAUGUCAGUGAUUGCUCACUUUAUGAGCUGGAGCCUACAGACAACAAAAGUCCAUUAAGACAUCAGAAAGAACUUCAGUUCUUAGAUUUGUCAUAUAAUGGUCUGUAUACCUUGCCCAGUGAUAUUUUUGUAGAAAUGUCUCACUUGGAAACUGUGCGACUGUCCCACAAUAAUUUAAACAAACAUCUUAGACUACAUCUCCCAGAUGGUAUUAGAGUUUUAGAUUUGUCUUACAACAAUUUUGAUAGUCCUGAAGGUAUUGUGGAGACUGGAUCAGCAGAAUUUGUGGUCCUAAAAGGAAAUGAUAUUUACCCUUGGAAUAAUUCGAAUAUAUUUUUGUUAAAUGAUAAUCCUAACAGUGUAUGGCUAUCAAGACUUGAUAUUUCAGACUGUAAGAUCAAUGCUAUAACUGAGGAAAUGCAAAAAUCAUUUGAAUACCUUCAGGAACUUGACUUGGGAGGGAAUCCAUUUGACUGCUCUGACUGUUCAGUGCCAGAUUUCAGAGGUUGGCUCCUGUCAAUCAAUGAAACAAAAUACCACCCUAAUUUAUUAAAUCAUGGAAAACACGACGGCUUAACUUGUGUCCAUCCUGAAAAUCUUGCAAAAAGGCUUAUUGUUUCUGUCAAUGACUUUUCACAUUGUGAGCCAAAUUAUAUAAUUUUAAUUGGUGUUCCAUUGCUCACAGUUAUUGCUUUAGGAGCUUUCUCAAUAUUUGUUUUGCAUUUUUACCGAUAUGAAAUAACAUACAUACUACAUCUUGUGAAGAUAAGAAAGUUGAGACUGGCCAAUGCAGCAAUGACAAGAAAUUUCCAGUAUGACGCAUUUGUCAGCUACAGUGGAAAGGACAGAAACUGGGUUAUCAAAAAGUUAGUGCCUCAACUAGAGAAUGGACCAGAAAAAUAUAUGUUAUGUCUUCAUGAAAGAGACUUCAUACUAGGUUCAGUGAUUUCAAGAAAUAUAGCAAGCUUUAUGCAACAGAGCAAGAACACAAUCAUAAUCCUUACAACUAAUUUUGUAAAUAGCCAAUGGUGCCAAUGGGAACUUGAAAUGGCCAACCAUAAAGUGUUUGCUGAGGACCGUGAAUUCUUGAUUUUCAUUGAACUAGAGCGGCUUGAACGACAGAAGUUGCCAAGACACCUACGUUACCUAAUGGAUACUCGAACUUACUUAGAAUGGCCAGUUCCUGAAGACAUGAGUAGUGAAACAGAAAGUAAUCUGUGGAAGAGACUUCGAAAAUCUUUGGGUCCAAGUAUUACUCAGAUUAAAGCUGGACACAACCUGCACCAUGAUGCAGAAUCAAUUUCCUGAUUAAGAAGAACAUGUGUAAUGCUUGAAAAUGAUUAUGUUCCUCUCAAUUUUACAAAGUGUAUAGCUUUUUUCUUUGUACAAAACUUUCAGUUUUUUCUACUCUUUAGUCUACAUGCAACAUUUGCUUUUAAGAUCUAAUUGUUGUGAGAUAAAAUGAUAAUGGAUUACUAUGUAAUAUGAAAAUGUUCUUUGUAAGAACUUGCCCUCAUAAUAAGAUCAUAAUGUCCAGAAAACACA